UUAGUAAGCGCUUUAGCGUAAAAAUAAUGUCAACAAACUAUCAGCUGAUGUGAUAGAAACCGAGAGCAACAACGCCCCAAAAUGUGAUAUUGUAAAGAUGGUUUCCUUUCAAGCUCUUCUUAUUAUUAUUGUGAUUGUUUACUAUAUUAUCACACGAGGAAUUCCUAGGUUGCUGUCUUGGUUGAUUGUUGCUAAGUACCAAACAGAAAUAAAGUUUGGGAGAAUAUCAAUCUUACGUCUGAGUUUUGAGGAUGUCCUCGUUAAGAAAUCAGGUUUAAGCAUUAAAGUAGAACGAGUUGGUGCUACAAGCAGCUUUUUUAAUCAGGAAGAAAGAAAAAUAUUUGCACUAAAGGUUCAUGAUGUUCGAAUUGAAAAGGAGGUUUACGAUAAGCGGGGAAAAGGUUCUCAUGGAGAUGGGGGGAAUAAUCAGACAGUGGAAGCCAUGUUUGCUGCAGCGUCCAAAGCCAGCACUCCAGAAGAAGUUAACAUUGAGCCAAUUAAGCUCAGGAUCUCCCCAUCUAUCGUCACACUUGCACAGUUUUUCGGUAUACAUAUAGUUAGCGUAAGUGUGAUGUACCUGAGGGAAAAAUGGCCAGAAUGUCUUCUGCAUGCAUCUGCUGAAAAGAUCACAAUUGAGGGAGCCACACUAAACCAGUCCAACAUUGCUGACUUCACUCCUUCCUCCAUAUAUUUGAAAGUUGAUAUUAGUGGGGCCCACUUCAAAGUUCUACAACAUGUGAGUGAAGGAGAUGAGAAGAGACAUCCAAGUGGUGGAACACUUAGCACUGAGAAGGAUCCCUCACUUAUGGAGUCAAUGUUUUCUCUCAAAUUUUCUGUGGAAGCUAAUGCAGAAACUGUAGCGGCUAUGGAGAAUAUAUCGGUGCAUCUCAGUGAGCCACAGGUGACAAUUCGUGAUCGCAUGCUUACUUUCUUAGAGCAUAAAGCCUUAGCAGCCACACCUAUGGUCAGUCCUCAGCAGCCAGUUGGUGCAAAAAAGCCAUCUUUAGAUGUACUUUUAUAUAGAUAUUGGCUAUUCUUUCCUUUGAAAACACAACUGAAAAUUGAAAACAUAGGCAUAAAACUUGUAAAUAAUAUAGGGCAGAUAGCUCUACAAGGAUCAUUAGCAGGGAUUGAUAUGCAAACUCAUUUAACGAGAGAAGGUGCUUUAGAAAACUUCCCUGCUCUGUUGCCAGAUUUAAGUACAGAACUGCAGAUAGAUAUGAUAAAACUUCAGUGUACAUAUGAUUCUUCUGUUUCUCUAAAUCGAUUCAAUUUACAGUCUCAGUUUGUAGGUGACAGGGUGAACAUGAAGAGUGAGUUCAGGUCGUUACAUGUGUCAUAUGAUCAUCGAGAUCUUGGUGUUCUAACAAACUAUGCGUCAAGAAGAAAGUCCCAUGUUGCAAUUGGAAAUAAUAUGUCCUGCACUACAAAGUCAGAGAAGGCUUUGGUGCUAAAGAAUCUCAUUCAUCGUUAUUGUGUUGGGCUGAUUGUCGAAGUGUGGGAUGUUAGCUGUGGCGGAUAUGUUCCUGGCUCUCCGUAUAUUCAAGCUAGUCUUCAGCAUGCAUGUCAGAGUGUCAUUGUUUCUCAGUUUAACACUCAAGUUGCUGGAGAGUUAAUAGUAGAGUCUUUGGUAGCUAUUUUAGGGACCAAUCAACCCAGUUCUACUCCUGUAGGGCCGCCUGCAGCAGCAACUGCAGCAGCAGCUGCUGCCAAAAAGGUUCAUGUUUGGGGCACACCUCUAUAUGUUGGGAUGUGUCUGGUACAGCUUUCUUCAGUUUCCCCUCCAGCUAAUCGGGACUGCACCUCUCUGCCACCUUUGCAAGCAGAAUCACUGCUGGACAAUAUUCAUAUUGAAUGGAGUCCUGACCUGGCCUGUUUUGUAACUUCUUUAGUCAGGUAUAUACAGGAGCUCAAGAGUUACAUUAGAGUAUCUAAACCCCUGAAAAUUCAAAGGGAACCCACACCACCUCUUGAAUCCCAGACUUCAGGGGAAGUUCUGAGCAGCAUGAACGUCAAAUGCACUAAUAUUAAUGGAUUUGCAGUCACAGAGCAGAAAGUAUCAUUAAUGGCACGUAUUGAUAGCCUUGAAAGUCAGAAGUCUUCUAGAAAUUCCAAGACAUCUAUCGUGGGCACCAAGUUUAUUCGUUACAUUCCUUCGGGAUCUCAUUAUGUUUGCAUAAAGUCAUCUGAGAUUAAGGGAGAGUGUUGUCAGGUUCAUGAAGUUAUUGUUGAAAGCGUGAAUGGAGAACUCCUACUUACAGUUAAUGAGCAGUUGUACUUAACUUGGUCUACUACCACUCACAUGACCCUUCUUACCCUGGGACAAGAGUUUGCUGCUUUUUUCAGGAAUAUUAAACCCCAAGGAGGAAAGCAAAGCCACCCAGUUGCUGAGUCACCAGGGGAAGAAGAAGCAGGUGAAAAAAGCUCUCUGCAGCUUCAGCUUGUUGCACGAGGAGACAUACGUGUUGGAGCAGAGCUCUCCAAGCAUCAUAUGUAUUUCAUUCUAGAAGACCUGACAUACCUCAUGGCUAAUGGUAGAAUAUCAUGUCAGUCAGAACAACUCCAGAUUCAGUUUGAUGAACACAAUGUUAUGUUUCUGAGUGGAGGCAAACUGUCACGUGCACUGCAGUCUCGAGAAGUUAGAGAAGAAAGAGAAGCUGUUCCAGAAUUAAGUCAGAAGCAGAAUAAGUCUUGGAAAUUGACUGUUGACACGUGGAAAACUACCUUCCCUUAUAACUACAACUUUGCCGAGGCUUUCAGUGAUGAUCUUCUUUCUGUUAUAAAAUGGAUUAAGAAAGUUCACAAUCACAAACCAAAAGUCUUCACUUCUGAUAGUCCACUACCUCCAGAUAUUGUGAUCAGGGUAAGGCAUUGGCUUCUGGAGAUAGGUGAUGAUCCUUUUGAAGUGAAACUCCGCUACAAUUAUGAACUCAUGGAAGAUGAGUACCAAGAAAGCUGUAAAAGAACAAAGGCUCUUGAUUACAGGAUUGAGGAAUUUAGGAAGACCAUGGUCUUCCUCCCCACUGGGAAGAUUGAGGAACUUUAUAAGAAUUUACAAGAAAAGAACAGUGAAACGUACAUCAAAAGAUCUAAGCAGAUGUAUGAAUCAGCACCUAUGAGGACACAGCUGUUCACGUGGAAGAUGGAAGAUGUUGUUAUCUUUGCUAUGGCAGAUCCAACAUUCCAUGGCACUCAGAGAGUAGUGCAACACAUGAUUGACAUUGAUCCUGAAUCACCAUGGCCCGAAGAGGGACUGGAAUUUUCUACUCUUUGGUGCCGUAUGGUAUCAGCAUCUUGUGCUGAGUGGAAGUUUAAGUUACGUGACUACCCUCAAGAACUUUUGGAUAUGAAGGAUCUAGAAAUCUGGGGAAGACUUAUAGGUGCUGAGCAGCGAGCAAUUAAAAGAGCUAUCAGAACAAUGAAAGUGGAGGUAGGAGCACCUUGGUCGGACGUAAUGAUUGAGCGUACCAUGGCGUCUUUGAAGUUCUACCAUGACUUCUCCUGUGAAGUCAAGUCUUUUACAGCUGCUUAUGGACCCUGCUGGGAACCUGCUGUUGCUCAGUUCAAUAUAGCUUUAGGUUUGAUUAAUCAGCCCUCUCGUGACCCAUCAACGCCGCUGCCGUGGUGGGAUAAGAUGCGUUUGCUCCUUCAUGGACGGCUCACCCUCAUGGUAGAGCGUAUGACCCUGCUAUUGCAUGCCUCCCUUGAUCCCUACAAUACCACAGAAGAAAUGGAACUAACUUGGCUGAACCUUACAAUGGAUUGGACAAAUGCUAAGUUAAUAUUUAAAGGAGAUCUGAAUGUGUAUGUAAGGACAGCAUCCAAAUAUGAUGAUGCCAGGCUUCUUCAUCUACCAAACCUCAAGCUUACAGUGAAGAUGAUUUGGCAGUGUCUAGGGAACCCAAAUGAUCAUCAUUCUGUUGUGCUGUGUGCCCCAGAUAAGCUUCCAGAAUACUCAAGCAAUCAGGAACACGAUUCGUACCGAGUGUUUCGCUCUCAGAAUCUAAGCAUGAAUAUUGGAUUGGAAACAAAAACUCAAAAGAAGGACAACACUGUAAUCACUCCAGUUAUUGAAGCACUCUUCUAUGGGAGUACUCUCAGGUGGUUUGAGAAUCUCAAGUUCAUUAUAUCUGGUGUGUCUCGUCCAACACGUCGGGGUUCUCUUUUCAAUAACACCAAACCUCGUAGACCCCAGCUUUCCCGGCAUUAUCACACCGUACACCUGUCAUUGUCAUUUCAGAGAUUUGAUGUUAGGUAUUGGAUGUCUGUUGGUGUUAAAAAAGGCUUUCAUCUUAGUGGGGAGAGGCUGUCUUUAAGUUCAGAGCACAACUUGUCUUUGAUCCCGGUCAAUGAUGGGCUUAAGCACCGUCCUCGCAGUUCUUGGAGUAUUGCAUACUUGAAUACUGAACUUUGCCAUGCUCAGAUUUGGCUUCAGAGUGUCCUUAAAGACCACCCCUCUUUCCAGAAUGAUGAAGAGGAAGAGCUGCCACAGGAACCAAUGGCUCAGCCAGUAGAGAAGUUUUACUUCUUGAACGUUAGCAAAGUUGCAUACAUGAGAGAAACUUUAACGCCCACUCCUUCAGGAUCUGGCCAUGAUCCAAGUCUGCGAGACACACCAAAUCAUCGUCUGGUUGUGUAUGGUCUUAAGGGUGCUUGGACCACUAAUAACCGUGACAUUGUAUUUGCUCUCUAUGACUCGUGGAAUAAGAACCAGCAGCUGCGAAGAAAUCUUGCUCCUGAUAUCAUUAAGAGUUACAACCGCGAUGCCUCCACCCCUCAGAAGCCUCGCAGCCGCUCGGUUACAGAGAACAACGCCUCCCAGAGUCUGACGUCACCCACAGCGUCUUUGCAGGCACCUCCUGUACAGUCAACACCAUCACCAAUGACAAGACUACAGUCAGGCCAUGCUCAGCAAAUGUUACAACAGUUAAUAGCAGAGGCUGACAACAAUCAGGUUGCAUUUAGUGAAGAUUGCUCUAAUCAGGAGCCAAGGGAUCAAACACUGCAUGGAGUUAAAGCUUGUACGACAGAUGAUGUUAUCCAUAAGAAGUGGCUUAUUCAGCUAGUCAAUAGCCAGGUGCUACUAAAAGGCUGUGAAACCCAGGGCUAUGUUAUUCUAAGUGCUGCAAAGUCAGAAAUAUUGCAACGAAUCCAUCGUCCUGUCUGGCAGGAUCACUCCUUGGUAACCAAGACCACUUGGUUUGGAUCCCUUGAAUGUAUGCAGUACUAUGCCACAGUCAGCGCUGGUGAUAAGGAAACACAGAUGGAUAACAUCAUGUGGUUAACUGUUGAUAAUAUUGAAGAGAAAGAUGGUCAGGUUAUCAAUGAGGUGCCGGACAUUGUGGGGAGUGGACAGUCUGUUGGAGGGGUUGUCUCACAGACUGUUGGAUCUAUGGAUGAAGGAGAUGAUGAACUGCAGUUACAACGCAUUGUCUCUCGUUGCCACUGCGAAUUUUAUUAUGUAUCCUAUGGAGAGACUGGUCUUGAUAUAUCACUGAUGGAAGAAGUUCAGCCACCUUUACCUGAAGAGGACCUUUGGAGCCGUAACUUUGAGGCGGUUGAUACUUUUACCCUGAUGCAUCAUGACUUGUGUGCUAGUACAAAUUCUUUGCAAUACAAUAUGGUGGUUGACAUUCUGAACAACUUACUGUUGUAUGUUGAUCCAAAGAUAAAAGAAGCAAGUGAUGCCAUGGCAAGGAUGAGAUUCCAGCUUCAACUUUAUUAAGAUGACCAACGGAAGCCCAUCAUCAGACUGCAGAAUCAAGUCAGAUAUCACAUGUCCCAGCUGAGAAGUUUGGAAAAGGAAGUUUACCUAGUUCAGAGACAACUUGAUAAGGAUCCACUGAAUGAGUCCAAGUUAAAAGAUAAAGCAGACUUAGAGAAACAGGUGUCAGACUGUAAAGAGCAAGUCAAUAGCCUGAGUGAAGAGCUAGCCAUGAGAAUCCACUGUUAUAAUGAAAACCAGUUGUCUGCAAACCAUAAGUGGAUGGCAUCAGGUGGUGAUAAACAGACGAAAGUGAUCCGCAUGAAUGAAGUUUGCUUCAGGAAAGCUCAGUGGAGAUUAACAGAAGCUGAUGGUCAGCUGGGAAUUGCACACUUGGUACUCUCCAACUUUCUGUACACAAAAAAGACUAAUGCUGAUGACAGUGGCGAACAUCUUUUGGAGCUGGGGUAUGUUACUAUGCGAAAUCUGCUUCCUAACCAGAAUUAUGAGGAGGUGCUCAUGCCAUCAGAACUGCAAAUUAAGAUGCCUGUUGAUCGCCAGAGGACUCUAAGAAUAUUUUGCCGAGAAAAGCCCCCUUGUGGAGGGAUCUCCAUCAUUGAACACUUUGAAGUGAAUGUGGUACCUUUGAAUAUUGCUCUUACUUACCAGUUUUUCAAGACGAUGAUGAAAUUCUGUUUUCCUGACAAUGCAACAGAAGAGGAGCUAUCUGGUGAGGGUGGAACAUCAUCAAAGGGCAGCAAGAAACAUGCUUCCCUUAGAAAAUCGCACAAAGAGUCCAAUUUUUAUGUGUCGCUUCAAGACAAAGAUGAUGUGGAAAUCAUGAAGCAACGAGCAGAACAAAAUAAACUAUUUGUGUAUAUUAAAAUCCCUGAGUUACCUGUCAAAGUAAGUUAUAAAGGCAAGAAAGAGAAAAAUCUUGAAGAUGUCUCCAACUUCAGACUUGUCAUUCCUACCCUUGAGUACCACAACGUCACUUGGACUUGGCUUGAUUUCCUUAUGGCAAUGAAACAGGACUCAAAGUCAGCUUUGUUAUCACAGGCUAUCAAACAUAAGUUGAAUUUAGCUCAUUUCCGAGCUGAUGACGCUGCCACUCCUAAUGAAGAAGAGAAGGCACGUCUUCUUCUAGGUAGUAAAUUAAUGCCCCCAGAAUCAAAAGGAAGCAAGAAAAAUCUCUUCAAGUUCAAUAGAUAGUGCAGGUAGAAGAUUAUUCUGAAGAAAAAGAAAGGUAGUUUCUGUAAGGAGUUUUAUAUCCAGUCCUUUAUCUUGACAAAGUGAUAAUAAGCAAGACCUCAGGCUAAUAGUAGAGUAAACUUUUGUGAACAAAGUUAUAUGUUAAUUGUCUGUUGAGCCAAACUAAUCUGUGGACCAUAAUUUCAAUUCUGCUUCCAGAGUGUAUUGGUGUAGCACUCAUCAUGUUGAUUUGUAUCGAACCCUCCUGGUAAUGCAUAGUAUUAAUCUUAAGAAACAGCUCACUCACACACAUAUUAGCAGAGAACAUAUAGUUUCAGUGUUAGAUAAUGUGUCAUGUUCACAAAAAAUUCUGUUUGAUAUGAGGUAUUGUAACCGGUAAGGUUUUUUAUUGGAUUAUGUCAGGUAAUGGUAGGCUGUGGUAAAUUAAGAUUUUAAAACUUGAUUGUGGCUCUAUUUUUAACAUUGAUACAGUCUUUGGAAAUUAGAUGUACAUUACCUAGACUUUUUUUUUUUUUUUUUUCAUUGAUGAGCCCAAAGAUGUUUCAAAAUUGCAUUUCAUUUUCUUUUCAGUGAUUACAGGAUUUUAUGCCAUGUUUCAACCUUGAUUAAAAGUUGAAGAAAAUAAGAAUGUGAUCUAGCUUUAGGGUAUCUUACCUGUAUAUUUGUUUUAAAGACAUACCUAGAUAUGUAUUGGCUACUAUUUCUUGCUGUCCCAUUAUUCCAACUAAUACAUCAUUUCAGCACAAUGUAGUUUUGACAGAGGGAACACAUAUAUAUAUAUUUAAAGUUGGUUGUGGAAUGGUGGGUCCAAAAAUGUGCACACAUUCGAUGGCAUUUGGGCUUUUAGUACUGGUUACAAUAAUUAUGGUAGUUAGAUUUCCAAGUGGAAAAGUUGUAAAAUGUGCACAUCUAGAUGGUAAUGGUUAUAAUGUACAAAAAAAGUUAUUCUGUAACAGAUUGCAAUCCUGAUAGUCCAAUAGCAUUAAGGUUAUUCACUGUAUCCCUCCCUUAUAGUUUUAAGCUCAAAUACAAACUAUACAUUUUACAGUUGUUUGUUUCCUCGACUAUAAGGGUUAAAGCUAGUUUAAAAAUUAUGGUAGUUUUUUAAAGAUUUUUAGUGUUGUAUUUCAACGAGGAGGAUUAACUGAAGUGUUUAGGUAUUUACAUCAUUACUUAUGUCAAGUUUUUAUAUUUGUUAAGAUUAAACAGAUUAUGAAUUCUUACUAAAGAGUGUGUGUGUAUAAAAGAUUUUUUAAUGAACACACUGUGAUGCAUCUUAUUUCCUUUAAAAGAAAGGUAUACCUGUACCAUUAAGAAAAGAUGUUUUCUAAAUCUGUAUUGGAACAUUGGACACUUAUAAUAAUAUGCAGUUAUUAUAAAGGGGUGCAAAAGUUUUUAGGUUUAUAAUGCAAU